CUAGGUGCUCUUUGCGGGGUGUGACAGGUCGACAACGGAAUGUAAGCUGCACUGUGAUUGGCCGAGGUACCCAUCCGUUCAUCGUACCUCAAGCGUUCGCUUAUAAUUAUAGGUGGUUUGUGGAUAGGGGCGAGCGCAACGCAGACGUCUUCACAUUGUGUAGAUAAAAUAUAUAUAUUUUUCGUUAGAGACGUUGUUGUGGAUGACUCAGUGAGGUAUUGAAUAAAACGCGAUCGGAAAGAUGACAAUCAGAAAUAUCAUUGAUCAUGGGCAGCGUUAUCGACCACGGAUGGCCUGUUUGAAGAAGGUAGAGGCUCUGGUGGUAGAGAUGCAGGACCCAAAAAAUGGUGUGAAAUCCCAGACCCAAAGGCUGGUCAUCACCACUAUUCCACACGCUAUCACUGGAGAGGAUAUUGUGGCAUGGAUCGCCAAUCGCUUCAAAGUGGAUUCUGUAGAGGCACAGGGCAUUGGUACCAUGAUGGUGGCAUUUGGAUACAUCUAUCCCCUUCAGGACCACAAGAAGCUUAUUCUCAAACCUGACACAAGUCUAUAUCGUUUCCAGACCCCAUACUUCUGGCCUGCACAGCAGUGGCCAGCUGAAGACACAGACUAUGCAAUCUACUUGGCAAAAAGAAACAUUCGCAAGAAGGGAAUGCUGGAGUUGUACGAACAGGAGCACUAUAAUUCUCUUCACAAAUGGAUGAACCACAAAUGGGAUUUCAUUGUGAUGCAGGCCAAGGAGCAGUACCGGGCAGGGAAGGAGAGAAAGAAGCCAGACCGUGUGGUUUUUGACUGCCAGGAAAGAGCCUACUGGGUGGUACAUAGACCUCCGCCAGGAACUAUCAGUGCCAUGGACUAUGGAAUCGACCGCCUAAUCGACCCCAAUGUUGAUGAGGUAACAGAGAAAAAAACACACGACUACUACAGAAGAAUCAUUAUUUACACUCAGCAGUCCAUUAUGAGGUCAAGGGUCAAAUCAUCAGUGUCUGUUGGAGCCAUUGUAAAAUACAUGACCACAUACAAGAACCACGACCCCUUCCUUGCCCCAUGUCUUCCUAGCAGUCCUUGGUUAACUGAUGAUGUCACCUACUGGGACCUUAAUAUGCCUAAUGUGGAAAUACCCACCAAGAUGAGAGUGGAGCGCUGGACCUUCGGCUUUGGCGAGCUGCUCAGUGAUCCCCGUGGUCGGGCAGAUUUCCGACUCUUCUUGAAGAAGGAGUUCAGUGGAGAAAAUCUGGCCUUCUGGGAAACUUGUGAAGACUUGAAGUGGGGUGCUGCAGCAACUAUGAAGGAAAAAGCCCAGCAGAUUUACAAGACCUUUCUGGCCCCUGGAGCACCACGCUGGAUCAACAUUGAUGGCAAGACCAUGGAAAUCACCGUAAAAGGCCUGGUGCACCCACAUCGCUACGUGCUGGAUGCCGCCCAGACGCACAUCUACAUGCUCAUGAAGAAGGAUUCGUUUGGUCGAUACAUGAAGUCUCCAGUAUUCAAGGAAACACAGAGAAAGGCUAUUUGUCCUGAGGCCCACAGAUUCACUGAUGCGCAGCUGGAACAGAACGCGAGGAAGCGCACCAGGAAGGCCAGUCUCAGCCCACUCAUCGUGCGGCAGCAGGAGCAGGAGGAGAAGGCCAGGCUGGCUGCCAGUGGGCCUGUGGACAUAACUCAGGUCAUGAGCAAACUGGACCGUCGAAACAUGCUCAAGGAGGGGGAGAAAAAAUAGGCCACAGCUGCUGCAGGGAAGGGUGAUAGGUUUGAAGAAAGCAGCACCGACCUGGCUAUUGGUGUUGUGAAGGGAAACAUCCUGUCAAAACCAUUUUACCCACCCUUACCUAUUAUUUUGUCAUCACUCUUCCAUUUCAUAAAAAUCGAGACAGCUGCUCUGAGCAUUUCAGAAAUCUGAAUAUGAAUGAGGGUUCAUAACUAGGGUGUUUACAUGUAAGUGACAUGUCCUGAUGCUUCGCCAAUGAGGAAAGGAAAAGCAAAAGCAAUGAAGGGGAAAAUGAGGGCAUAUAGACACAGAGUGAUUGUAUUCCCCAAGUUCUGAGACCAAAGGGCAGGAAACCUUUUUUACAUCCGAACCAAACUGUGUUAGCGCUGGACAGUGAAAUUAAUAAUUGAUGUCAUUAUUCCUGCUCUUAAAGAAGAUAUGGGUGUAAUGUAGGUACACCGAAACAACAGGUUAAUAUAUCUUGCAGACAAUUCAACAUUCAACUUUCUCAGGCCAUGUACGUUCAUGAUGACAACAUUAUUACUGUUGUAUUUUUACUUAACAAUAUUUGAAAUUAUUUUAAUAACCACACAACAUCAUUUUGAACAAUGUUGUUUUCUGUAGUAAAAAUAUUUUAGUUUACUACUGAUUCUGUUUGGUGUAAUGCCUAGAAUUUUAAGAUAAGUAUUUUGUAUAGACCUUGAAUUCAGACCUUUCUGUGAUUAAAGAAGGAGCUAAAAAUUCAGAUGCAUUACUGAGAACAUUUCAUAGUUUUUACCAGAAAUAAAGUAUUUAUUGCAGUAUGUCAUGUUUUUAACUGUAAAGUUUACAUGUAAUAGAUUGCUUCAAGAGCCAAAGUGAAUAUGCAGUGUACACAAACUGUAUGUGAGAGUGGCACAAUGGGAAUUUACAAGGCAAAGACAGGAUGUCUGGACACAAGUAUCUGCCCAUUCCAAAAAGAUUGGAAUAUAAAAAAUUUGGAAUAAUAUCCAGGAGCCGUUAUGAAAUUAAUUUAAUCCAUUAUUUUUGGGGGUUUGUUUAUUUGCCAUUUGUUGCAUCUUUCUGUCUGUCAGGCCAUGGCUGAUUUCCCUCGCUGUUUGGUACUUAUUACAGUGAUUUAGGACUGGAAUGGGACAUUCCAGGCCUUGACAGUUAUACAUUUAUUUUAAAAAUAUGAACAUAUUAGGGUAAUUACUUUGCGAAAUGGCAUGAAAGUACUGGAGUGAAACAUUUUAAAAUAAAAUAUGCAGUAUUAUUUAUUUAGUUAAAUCCAAAUUGCCUGUUUUUCUAUCAUGAGCUAAGACAUCAGCAAAUACCAAGCAUAAAUGCUGAUGUAUUAAUGAUAAAUAUAAAGGUUCAGUAUUUUCAGACACAAAUGAUUAAAAUCAAAUUUUAUCUGACUUAUAUUGAUGAUCUAUCUACUAAAUCAAAGGGAUUGGUCUGGCCUGUUUUUUUUCAUUCUAUGACAAAUUCAUGCUCUCUAUUGCAUGCUCCCUGUCAAACUGGCUUUGCAUCUUCAUCUGUAUGAUGGUGUACAGUACGUAAUAUGCUUGACAUCAUUUUUACAUUUACCAUGUAUUUUCCCCCAUUCUGUUUGUCAGUGUGUGUAUAUGUUGUGAGGUGUGUGACUAUUCAUCCAAUAAAGUCCUCAACAUCUUAAGAAUUCA